GAUUACAGGGCCUGAUAAUAAAGGAAUUUAUAAAGGCGAUCGAGAGUCCAGUGGAAAAUACACGUUUGCUGCCCACAUGGAUGGAACUUACAAGUUUUGCUUUAGCAACAGAAUGUCCACCAUGACUCCCAAAAUAGUGAUGUUCACUAUUGAUAUCGGGGAAGCUCCAAAGGGGCAAGACAUGGAGACAGAAGCUCAUCAGAACAAGCUAGAAGAGAUGAUUAAUGAGUUAGCAGUGGCCAUGACGGCUGUAAAGCACGAACAGGAGUACAUGGAAGUUCGUGAAAGAAUACAUAGAGCAAUUAAUGACAACACGAACAGCAGAGUGGUUCUUUGGUCAUUCUUUGAAGCUCUUGUACUAGUUGCCAUGACACUGGGACAGAUCUACUAUCUGAAGAGGUUUUUUGAAGUCCGAAGGGUUGUUUAAGAGUACUUUUCUGUUCUCGGAUUUCAGUUCACUGGCUACCAAACAAUCCUGGUCACAAAAAAAGUCAUUUAGUUUCUGAACCCUCUUUACUGAACUUUAAAACUUAUUUGCUUAUGUUCCUUCCUAGUUAAAUUGUUUUUAUAUAUCUUCUGUAGCAAAAGCUGUGCUGAAAUCUUGUCACUUGAUUGGCAUAAUUUUCUUCACUUAAAUCUGCCUAGUCUGUAUGCUAAGCGAGGUCCAAGCAAGCUGCAAAUGCUGUAACUCAGCUGUAGUAACAAGCAAUGUUGAUGUCUCUUCUAACUUUUUUUUUCCGUUUUCAUAAGUACUUGCGGUUCUAUCUAGGGAAACGGUACAAGGCCCUAACAUGACUGUUUGCGUUGUUGACAUCUUUAACCCUGCAGUAGGUGUUGCAAAAUUAGACUAAUUCCUUCUUCACUUACAUAAACCACCAAGAAGUGAUUGGAACUUUGUUCUGAUAACAAAUAGAAGACAGCUGAGCACUUCCAAUCUUGUGUUCAUACCUAGUUGCUGUUUAAAAGAGAGUCUUCAGUAACUGUCCGAAUUACAUCGACUUCUUCCUGAAGUUCUUUUAAAUUAAAGUUGAUAUCAAAGUACAUUUUUUCCUGUCGUUACCGAAUGUCCAUCGUAUGGUUUUUAGUCUUUCACAGGUUUUCUAUCGAAGCCAAUUGUGUGCAGUGUCUUGGCAAACCAUAGUUAACCCUUUGGUUUUCGCAGGUCCAAAGCUCAGACUGUUGGCACUAUCGCAGUGUGCGUUAGUGUUCAGGAAAUCUGGAUACCUGAUGCCAAAGGGUUAAUGAUUCUGGGGGUUUAUUGCGAUGCUAUGCAGCCUUUUUAUUUAAGUUAAGUGGCAGUCCCUGCCAUUAUCUGAUCAUAAUUAGCAUAAUGCUAAAUACUGGUGUGUUUUCUUUUCAGGCACAUGUAGAUUUGUUUUUGUAUAAAGUUACUUUCCUCGGUAUCUGAUGAUUGGUUUAAAAAUUAAAGAAGCGUCUGAUGUGGGUGCUGAGCCAGGAUUAUGUUGUGACUGAUGUAUAUUAGUUGUAAUCAUUUUUGGGGGUGGGGUGGGGUCUUUUCCAGGGGGGAGCCUCUACAAAUAACACAUAACAGUUUUGUACAAUUAAUUUAAAAUUUGUUACAGGUUUUCAUGUUCCAGGUAAAGUUUUUUCAACCUCGGGCAAACACUUGCAGCAGUUCUUCAGAAAGGUGGCUGUUACACCUUAUUGCAACUGUUGUGUGCCAAUAUUUUUGUGUAAAAAAACCAAAAAACCACUGAAAAUUUGAAUUCAAGAUGUACAUUUAAAAAAUUGCUUGUGAAUCUAAAUAUGACCCAGGUUCGAUAAAUAAACAAAUUCUUUAAAAAAACCAAG